AUGCCACCUUAUUACGCUCACAGACGCGGGAUUCCCACCACCGUUCCUCACGAAUAUCACGGGCAUACAGUGCCCGAUCAGCACGCCCAUGUUCAACUUGUUCAUCGAGCCACAGCCAUACCGCGCCAGGCAUACUACGUGACUGAGCAAGGGGACCCUGGCGUUGCUACAAUGACAAGUUCUUUGCCUGCUCACUACCACUUAUCUCAACAAGUGGAGCGACCUCCCAUGGAGAUGCCGUAUUCGGCUGCAGGAAUACCGACGUCGAUUCAGAGCAGUCCCAGCACCUUCUCUGCCACUUCAGUCCCGAGCCCCAUGGUUCAAGAUGGCUUCUAUGCGCACCAACCAGCAACCCAGCCAGCAUAUACAGCAGCGGAAACUCAACCAGCUAUGGUUCGGUACCACCAACCGAUUCAGCAUCACAUGGCACAGCCUCAGCAGCCGGUUGUAUCGCAGCCACAGCAUAUGCCUGCCACACCGGAAGACUACUGUCGACCAUCAUGGCACUAA